UACUUCGACUAAAGCAACAUGUCUGCGCCCUUAACACAUGUGUAAACAAUAAUGGAGGGUGGAAUAACCUUCUGUUAGGAAUAGUGCAGGUGAAACGUCUACAUAUUUAUAUCUUAUGUUCCGAAACAGAUUUCAGCAAUGACUUUACGGCUUUGCGAGACCUUUAUACGGAGGUCUCUGCGAAUUUCGACUGUCCGAUCACUGACAGUAGCAUCGGAACACACGCCUCUGCGUCUGCGCACAGGUUGCGACGUUUUUCGUGCACACUCCUUGAGGAAAUGUCUUGUUCGCUGUGCUCCCGCCCGAUUGAUGUCUUCAGGUGCUUUUCUGGACAGAUUACAAAAGUCGAGAACUGUUGUGUCCGGCGAGGGUCACUAUCAUCACCCCGUCCCAUCAGACUGUGGUCAUCAGUUUUCUUUAUUGCUGAAGGACCCUGAUCAACCCGACAACCCCAAGUGUCUUAAAGUGGCAAUAGUUGGCGCCCCAAAUGCUGGCAAAUCCACACUGACCAAUCAGUUGCUGGGCAGAAAGUUGUUUGCGGUGUCGGAGAAAGUGCACACAACAAGAUCACGUGCUGUUGGGGUUGUGACAGAAAAUGACACACAAAUUAUUAUGUUGGAUACACCCGGUCUUACCACACCACUGAAGGCUAAAAGACACCAGCUGGAGGAGUCACUUGUUGUGGAUCCUUUCGAGUCCCUGAAGGAGGCUGAUUUAGUUGUGGUAUUAGUUGAUGUGUCUGAUAAAUGGACCCGAAACAAGCUGGACUAUGAGGUACUGAAGUGUAUGGCCUUGAAUCCAGAUGUGCCUGCCAUCCUUGUCCUCAAUAAGGUUGACCUAUUAAAGAACAAAAUAAUGUUGCUAGACAUCACGGCACAGCUGACUGAUGGGGUCGUGAAUGGAAAGAAGAUCCGGGUUCGUGGGGCAGUGAAGUCAAAUCAUAGAUUAGCAGGCAUAGUCCAGAGCGGGGAUGCAGACGCAUCGAAUUCUGAGAGCAUGGAGAAAGAGACGUCUCAGGGGGAUCCCAUCAAAAAAAUAUUGAGCAAAGAAGAGCUGAAGGCUCUAAAGAACUGCAGCGGGUGGCCACAUUUUAAAGAUGUGUUCAUGCUGAGUGCGGUUGACGGAGAAGAUGUGGAAACCUUAAGGAGUUACCUGUUUCAAAGUGCAAAGCCUGGUCAGUGGCAGUACCAUAGUGAAGUAUUGACAGAUCAAGCUCCUGAGGAUGUCUGUCUCAACACUGUCAGAGAGAAACUUUUGCAACAUCUCCCCAAGGAGGUGCCAUAUACUGUGACCCAGCAAAUUGAAAUGUGGAAGGAGUCUGAGGAUGGGGUGCUCAGCAUAUCUGUUAAACUGUAUGUGAAGAAAGAAAGUCAUAUGAAAAUGGUUAUUGGACCUGGAGGCCAGCUGAUAACCAGAAUAGCCCAGGAAGCUGGAAAUGACCUAAUGAACAUUUUCAUGCGUGAAGUGCGCUUAAAAAUAUCUGCAAAGCUAAAGAAGUGAGUUCAGAAUUCAGAUUAUGAGAGUAAGAUGCAAACACCUUAUAAUGGUUAUUAAGGAGUGGAUUUUAACAGUUUGAUCUCCAAGUUUGUCAAAAUUAUUUGUUUCUGCAGUCACAAGUAGUAUGAAAUCUUGCUCUUGCCAGUUAAAUACAUUAGCAUUUGUUUUGUGUUUGUAAUAAAUGUUUAUAUUUACAUAUGCUAUCAUGAUAUAUAUGCAUCACCUUUUUCUUUAAUUAAAACGAAGGACAGCUCACAAUGACUUCAUACUCUUGUUGCUGUUAAAUGUCUUUGUUAUAUCAAAACACUGACCUGAAAUCACUCACUGUUGCUUAGUUGAACCAUUUUUAAAAAAAACGUGUAUAGCUAUUAUAAUCUUUGCAUGAAUAGUAAAUGUUGCAAGAGAGAGCAAGGAAAGUUCACAUAGAGUUUUAUUAAAGGAUGUUGGAGUUUUGUUGUGGAGAAAGUAUGGCACUUUAAAGUAUGGCAUACUGUAUGCAAAAUUGUACGUGGAGCUGGUAGAAUCAGCUUAUUCAUUGAGCAGUUAUACACUAUGUGAAUUUCAUUUGCCUGUUUUAUCGAUUACUGUUUUUGUAAUUGUGACAUUUCCUCAUAUGAUAUUUAAUUAAAUAAAAAUUUAAAUAACAUAA